AUGAGAACCGGACCAGUUCACAAUUUUGGCGCAGGACCUUGUGCACUUGCUGAUGAAGUUAUUGAAAACACGACAAAAGCAGUUCAAAAUUUCAAGAAUGGGAUGUCUCUGUUGGAGAUUUCUCAUAGAUCAAAGGAUUGGAUGGCGAUUAUGGACGAGACUGUCGCCCUCUUCAAAGAAGUUUUGAACAUCCCAGCUGGGUACUCCGUCUUGUUCUUGGGUGGAGGAGCUUCCCUUCAAUUCUUGAUGGUUGCUAUGAAUUUGUUGGAGAAGAAGGCUGCGUAUCUUGACACCGGUGUUUGGGCAUCUAAAGCUAUCAAGGAGGCAAAAGCUUUUGGUGAAGUCCAAGUUGUAGCGUCAUCUAAAGACAAGAAUUACACCUACAUCCCUGAAUACAAAAUCCCAGAAGAUGUCGAUUACUUCCAUAUAACUACCAACAACACUAUUUAUGGUUCAGAAAUUAAAAAAGACAUUGAUUGUCCAGUCAAAUUAGUUGCUGAUAUGUCUUCUGAUAUUCUCUCCAGACCAGUUGAUGUCUCGAAGUACGCUUUAAUCUACGCUGGUGCUCAGAAGAACUGUGGUUGCGCUGGUGUCACAAUUGUCAUUGUCAAAGACGAAGUUUUGGGCCAUGUCUCAAGACAACUCCCAAGCAUGAUGGACUACAAGAUCCAUAUUGCCAAUGGCUCGAUGUACAACACUCCACCAGUGAUCUCUAUUUACACCAUCAAUCAAACUCUCAAGUGGGUUAAGAAGAUGGGAGGUGUUGAAGCUAUUCAUAAGAUGAAUGAAGAGAAGGCCAAAAUCCUUUAUGAAGAAAUCGACAGAAACAAGUUGUUCAGAGGGACUGUUGAGAAAGAUUCAAGAUCUAUCAUGAACAUUUGUUUUGUGAUGAACGAUGAAUACAAGGCACUCGAAGAAGAAUUCUAUAACUUCGCUACUAAGCAAGGAAUGAUUGGAAUUAAGGGCCACAGAUCUGUCGGUGGGUUCAGAGCAUCAUGUUACAAUGCGGUCAGAAUUGAGUCAGUCAAAGCCUUGGUCAGUUGCAUGCAAGAAUUCGAAAAACUUCAUUAA